AUGGACAAGUUCCUAUCAUCAUAUGACAACUACACCCUAACCUCUGGAACUGUAGCAUCAUCUUCCCGAUCCCCUAAUCGUACAACAAAUGAAUCGCCUGUCUCUGACGUGGUUUUCAAAACACUAGCCCCUAGAUCACCAAAAAAAGAUGUGAUUGAUUUAGAAUAUGAGAAUGAGGGGACAUCUGGUAAGAAAAAGCCCGUUAGGAAAUCUGAGGUUUGGGAUCAUUUUACUAUUAAGAAAGGGAGGAAUCCAGGUGAUGAAAGAGGGGGGUGUAAUUAUUGUGAGAAGGACUAUGCUUGUAGUUCUAGAACGCACGGGACAAGUAGCAUGUUGGUUCAUUUAAGAAAAUGCAAAAAGAAUCCCUUUAGAGUUGAAGAUAAGAAGCAGAAAUUGUUAAGUUUCGGUGCGAGUAGUGAAAGUGGGAGUGGUAUGUUGGCAAUUGGGUAUAGUAAAGAAGCUUGUAGGAAAGCUUUAGCUAAGAUGGUGAUCAUGGAUGAGCUGCCGUUUAGGAGUGUAGAAGGGGAUGGGUUUAAACAUUUUUGCCAAGUGAUGCAGCCCAAAUUUAUUCCUUCCUCAAGAAUAACAGUUGCUAGAGAUGUUUUGCAAUUGUUUAGUGAGGAAAAGGCUUAA